CACAGCAUUAAUUAAAUUAGCACUAUUCGAUAAAUUUUAAACUUUUUUUUGAUUUUGUAAUCUUUAAUAAUUUCUUAAUAUAACUUAUACAAAUCAUAUACUUAAAUUUUUUAAUAUACUGAAUAUAAAUCUGCAAAUCGUUGGUUCCAGAAUUCAUACUUUUUAUAUAAAAUCAGUUUUAAAAAACAUAACAUAAGGAUCUAGGAAAAAAUUAAACUAUAUCAUGUCCAGAUAAUUAUAGAGAAGAUUUUUUUUAUUAAGAAAAGCAUCAAAGGAAGCUACCAAAUCAUUUUUAUUUUCAAUAUACAAGCUAUUAAUAUAUUUGUGGACAGACGUUUGAUCCUAAAAGCCAAAAUAAAUACAAAAAUUGAUGCAUAAAUACGUCGUGGUAUGAUAUGUCAUUCUCUUCAUCUAAUACAAAUUAAUUUGCUUAUAAUUUAAUAAAUAAUUUUUACAUAACAACUUCUGCUCUUGUUUUGACAGAAAAUUAACUUUUUAAAACGUAUUUCACGAAAUAUAUCAAUAUCUUGCAUAAAAAAAUUUAAAUAUUUUUUAUGCAAUAAAUUAUGAAAAAUAGUAUAAAUCUUUAAUGUUAAUAAUUAAAUAAUGAUUAAAAAAUUGAACGUAUUUGAAAGCGUUAUAUUAUUGAAAUAAAUUUGAUCUUUGUACGUUCAUUUACAAAAAAUUGUAGAAAGAAAGGGAGAGAGAGAAAGAGAAGAAAUUAUUUUCUCCUUGAAAUUAAUUACAACUUUCGUACGAAAUAUUUUUUUAUAUAAUUUCGAACAAUUUUUUUUUUAAAUUUAAAUGUCAUAUACAAUGUGAAAGAUCAAUAACACUACUCCAAAAUUACAAAUUUCAAUUAAAUUCGCCAUGAAUUGAAAAACAAACGCCAUGGACAUAUGCAAAAUUCAACAAAAAAAAAUAAAAAUGUGAGAUUAGAUCUAAAAUAUAGAAGAUAGUAUCGAUAAAUAUUAUAUCUUUUUUUUUAUUUAUUAUAUUUAUAUUAUGUAGCAAAAAAUCUACGUAAGCAUAUCUAAAUAUUUUAUACAUGUAUACAUGUGUAUGUGUAAUUAUACGUAAUUAUCUAACAGAUGUAUAAAUCUGAUAAAUUGUUUGACAAAUGUGCAGUGAAUGUUGAACCGCCUUCGGUUUAGUAUUAGGAUAGGCAAUACGCCGAGCAGUACAAAAAUUCACUGCAAAUUAAUGUUUAAUUUCAAAUUUAAAAAAUGAUCGCCAAUUUGGAAAUUAUCUGUGGCGUAAUAGUAGUACUCAUUGCGUUCUAUUAUUAUAUAACGGCUCGAAACAAUUUUUGGAAAAUUCGUGGUAUACCAGGACCAGAGCCUUUACCUGGAUUCGGCAAUGUCUUGAAGAUAGUUUUAGGCAAGGAAGCGCCUUUUCAAUUUUUAACGAGGGUGUACAAUGAAUUUAAAAACGAACCUUUGAUCGGAGUAUUUAUGAAAACGUAUCCUGCCUUGGUUGUCAAAGAUCCCGAUCUUAUCAAGGAUAUCAUGAUCAAAGACUUUUACAAGUUUCCUAAUCGAGGAUUCCCAAAAAGUGAUCCAGCAGAUCCACUGACCCAGCAUCUCUUCUUAGUGGAGGCAGACAAAUGGCGGCCAUUAAGAACCCAACUUUCCCCAGUGUUCUCAACGGGUAAACUGAAAGGGACGUUCACUCAAAUUCUUGAUUGCUCCAAUCAUCUUGUGACUUAUAUGGACAAGUUGGUGAAAAUGGGAGAGCCGAUCGACGUACGAGAAGUUACCGCCAAAUUUACCACGGACGUAAUUGGAAGCUGCGUGUUUGGCAUCAAGAUGAACUCGUUGUCGGGAAAGGAGAGCGAAUUUCGCCGAUUCGGAAGACAAAUUUUCGCUAUGAGUUUCUUAAAGAUAUUGAGACUCAGGAUAAAACAAUUCUUGCCGAUGCUUCACUAUUUACUCGUUCGUAUAUUACCAGCGGAUCAAGAAACGAAAAUAAUGUUGAAGUUAACCAAAGACACGUUUAACUUUAGAGAGAAGCACAAUAUUGUCAGACCGGAUUUCAUGAAUAUACUUAUGGAACUCAAGAAACAUCCUGAAAAGGUUCCUACUCUUGAUUUGACAGAUGGUUUGUUAGCCGCGCAAGCAUUCAUUUUCUUUGCCGCUGGUUUUGAGACCUCCUCGACGACAAUAUCCAAUGCUCUGUACGAAUUAGCUUUGAAUCACGAUAUUCAAGAAAAAUUGCGGCAAGAAAUUAAGGAAUUCGAGGCGAAUAAUGACGGAGAGUGGAAAUACGAAACUAUACAAGAAAUGAAAUAUUUAGACAAAACAUUUAAAGAAACGCUAAGAAAGUAUCCAGUAUUGCCAUAUUUGAGCAGAAAGUCAGUCGAGGAUUAUACUUUCGAAGGCACUAAAGUAUCGAUUCCCAAAGAAACAUUGAUCUGUAUACCAAUUUAUCCUAUUCACCACGAUUCAAGUAUCUAUCCAAACCCAGAAAAGUUCGAUCCUGAAAGAUUUUCGGAGGAUGAGGUAAAGAAAAGGCAUUCCAUGCAAUAUUUCCCUUUUGGACACGGACCUAGAAAUUGUAUCGGUUUGCGAUUUGCGACUUAUCAAUCAAAAAUUGGACUAAUUAAAAUCCUCUCUAAUUACAAAAUUGAAAUUUGUGAUAAAACGUUAAUUCCUUAUAAAUAUGAUCCAUUUUCAUUCAUUUCGCUACCAUUAAAAGGUAUAUUCUUAAAGAUAACCAAAUUAGAGAAUUGAUACGAUGUUUCUUUAUUUUGAUAGAAUUUUGUUUAAUGUUAUGAUAUACAUAUUGUAUAUUAUAAACAUUAUAAAAAUAUUAUAUAUUUAUGAUAUAUAUAUUAUAUAUAUAAUUAUUGAGAUAUAUGUAAUUAUUACAAUAGUUGUUAAUUGUGUUAUAAUGAUAUUUUAAGAUGAUAAAAUUGGCAAGCAUUA